AUGAGAAAUCUGGUAAAACGUUAUAUCGCACAAAUGCAGCGGUGUAAACAGCGAAGCGAAGGCGUCAGCGAAGACGACGUUAACGAGAUUAAACAGGACAUAAGCGCGUUUCGUUACGAGUUAUUAGGCAUCUUGCGCAAUGCUGGUUUCAAUACGGGUCAUGCUGACAUUAACCAAAAAACUUUUUCUCGCAAUAAAAAACGAAGCGCAAUGGCUGAAAGGCGUUUAAAGAAGGGUCUUCCAGAGUCUUUCAACAUUCCAAUGCCACAAAGUUUCACCAGCGUAAUUGAAAGCAGACCUGAAGAAGAUAAAAAAACUGCUGAAUUCCCGUCACUGCCCCCAAUAAAAUUAGCUCCAAUUAGCUGGGCUAAGAAACUAAAAAAGAUGACAAAAAGAGUCAGCUUUAUGCAUCCAGAGGAACACCUGAAUGCAGGUCAACCUGAAUCAAAAACUGUGAAGUGCAUGUCGCUUGAUCAUGGCUUAUCUGCAGUGGAGAAGCAUCAAGAAAAGAACCAGCACUGGCUAAGAGCGGGUGUUUCUGAAACGAGAAGGUUUUUCCCGAUUAUAUCUAACUGA